AUGGCGAGCAGGGAGAAGAAGGCCACUGCACGGAAGAGGAUUGCUUCUUCUCCAAGAGAUCCAACCAUGGCACCGCCGCCACCUGCUGCUGCGUCGCCCCCAACUACCAUGGCGCCGCCGCCACCACCUACUGCUGUGUCGCCCCCAACUACCAUGGCGCCGCCGCCACCACAAGCUGCCGCGCCCCCACCAUUCCCAUGUGGGGAUCCAUGUAGGUCAAGCCACAUCUGCGAAUCCAUGAAUGUGGGCCUCCUACCAGUACCAGGUGGUUAUGUAAACUUGCUGCAACAACCACAUUUUCCCACACCGUCGCAGUCAUUUGGUGAAAAUACCCAUUUUGCUGAUUUUACAAAUAGCUACAGCCCACCAUCUCCAGCAACAACACCAACUAAUAAUACAAGCAAGACUCCAAAUGGGAGCAUUGACAUUGAAGAUGAUGAUAGUGCCGAGGCAAAUAAUACAGUGAAGAAAAGAUAUUGGUCACAUAAUGAGGAAGUUGCACUGGCAAAUGCUUGGCUGAACAUAUCUAAAGACCCUAUUCAUGGGAAUGACAAGAAGGGUGAUUCAUUUUGGAAACAAAUUACAGAAGAGUACAAUAGGAACAUGCCAGAUCGUAGGAGGGAUACUAACCAACUUAAGGUCCACUGGUCAAGGUUAAGCAAAACAAUUAAUGAAUUCAAUGGAUAUUGGGUUUCAAUUUCUAGAAUGAAUAAGAGUGGAUACUCUGAUGACCAACUCAUGGAUGCCACACAACAGAUGUAUCAGAAAAAAUAGCAAGCCUUUCUCAUUGGUUCAUUGGUGGAGGAUUCUAAAAAAUGAACCCAAAUGGUGCUCACAUGUUGCUCAGUUGGAGAAAGAGAAAAGCAAGACCAUACAUAUUGAUAUCGGUGAUGACAAAGAAGAACGUCCUAUGGGCAGAGGAGUGGCAAAGGAACAUCGCAAAGGUAAGCGUAAGGUAGAGCAUGUGAUGGAUGGCAUCGUCAUCCUUGGAGAGAACAUAAACAAGAUAGUUGAAGUCACUCAAGAGCGUAGAAAGGAACGUGAAAAAGUCACACAGGACCAGCUCGAGAUCUCAAGAGCUGCAUUGGAUGUUGCAAAACAGCAAAAGGAAGCUAAGUUUCUAGAAGCUUAUGCUGCUCUGCUGGUUCAAGAUACCACCCAUAUGUCUGAAGAAGCAAAGGCUAGCCGCGAGAAGACAUUGAUACUGAUGCAAAACAAGAUGGCUGCCGACUUUGUACAGAAUUGAGGUUAGUGUGGCUAUUCUUAUUGAUUUUGCUCAAACUGUUACAGCUUUGGAAUCCCUUUUUAUUUUGCUCAUACUGUUACAGCUUUGGAAGCAUCAGUCCCAGUGAGAGAGGAG